AUGAAUGAAAAAUUUAUAUUUUACAUUUUGAUUGUACUUACGGUCAUAACUAAUUUAAAAUAUACGGUUGCAGGUUCUAUAAUUACUAAAGUAUUUGACAUCGAAGAUGCUUAUUGGACACCUGAAAAAAUGAGAGAUGCAAUACCCUUAACAACUAAUGAAUCUAAAAAUAAUAAACCCAAUUAUCGUACUAAAAGAGAUCAGUUACCAGUGAAGGAAUCGAACAUUACAAGUUAUAAUCCUUAUGUUCCUUAUGGAAAAUUAUUUUUUCAUAACACCGGAGAUGGUAAAAAUUAUUUUUGUACUGCUAGUGUAAUUAGGACUGAAAAUGGAAAUAUCGGGCUUACUGCCGCACAUUGUAUUUAUAAUGGAAAUGGUAGUUGGUCUUCAAAUAUGGUUUUUUGCCCCGGGUAUGAAAACGGUCAAUGUCCGGUUGCUAUACCCGUUAAAGGAGGUUCUGUAGAAGUAGUAGAUGGUCACUAUUAUUAUGAUUAUGGCAUGAUUAAGUUCAAUUACGAUCAGGGUAAAUUGCAAGACAAAACAGGAUGUUUCGACUGGGAUACUAAUCCGGGCGAUACAGUUAAUAAUAUCACUGCAAUAGGUUACCCAGUAAAUGGUGAAAUUAAAGAUUGUAAAAGAGAUGGAAAUUCCCCUUGCAAAUGGAAUGGGAGUUCGUCUCGAUCGGGUAGUUUUAGAUAUGUACCUUUAAAUACCGGAAGUGGUUCAAGCGGAGGUCCUUGGAUUAGACAAUAUGACAAUAAAAAUAAUACAGGCAGGGUAAUUGGUAAUGCAAGCGCUUCAAAAAGUGGUUCAACUGAUUCACCCAUAUAUUCUUUCGAAGAAUUCACGAAACUAGUGUAUGAGGCUUCAAAACUUUAA